CCCGACGAAGUAUCACCGAUGGCUCCCGUGUUGCGGUCUAGUGCGAGCCUAGCGUCUCCUGAUGGGGCGCUGUCAAGAUGCGAGGAGGCCAUCCUGAACUGCUUUCCAGACAUUUGCCUGGAAUAUCUCAGAAAUGAGGCCCCCACGUACGGAUGGGACUCGGAGCGUCUUAUGGACCACCUCUUGAAUCAGCAAGAGAAAGGAACCCCGUAUCCGCGGGCAAACAUACUGAAACGGAAACGACCGGAAAAGGACGAGGCCGACGGACAUGCAGAGAUGCGUAGGAAGUUUGAGAUGGGAGAUCCACGCCGUGCUAAUAAGGCUCCUGGUUACGUCGAGCACUACACCAACGCCACUAAGAAGCUCCUCAAGGCUGCCUUCCCUCAGUGUUACGCUGAAGAUAUUGAGAAGCUGCUUAAAGACAACGACUACCGGCUGUACACAACCUAUCAGAUGCUCGACGAGGCGGGCUGGAAUACCGAGGCUCGGCAAAUGCGGGUCAAGAAAUCCUUCAGCACGCGCGCUCAGCCGGGGGAGGAGCUGCGCAACAGCGUCAUCGAGGCAGAAAAGGACGCCGUGGCAGAAUUCGAUGCAGCCAGUGCCGAUUGUCGAGCCCAGGCAGAGGCGAGGGCCGCGAAGAAAGCGGAGAAAGAGCGAAGGGAGCGCGAGGAAGCGGAGAACUUGGAGCGGGCCAAGUCCGAAGGAAGUGUCGCAGAAUGCGGGUGCUGCUUCGACGAGUUCGCUUUGAACAGGAUGACUCACUGCAACGGCAGCGAGGUCCAUUGGUUUUGCUAUAGCUGCUCCCGGCGCAUGGCCGAGACCGUUAUCGGACUCACGCGAUACCAACUUGACUGCAUGUCGACGGAGGGUUGUGACGGCACCUUCACCAAGGACCAGAAAGAGUUGUUCCUGGAUGCUAACUUGACCACUGCUCUGGACCGGAAUGAGCAGGAGGCGGUCCUCCGCAUGGCGGGCAUCGAGAACUUGGCUACCUGUCCAUUCUGCCCAUAUGCAGCUGAAUAUCCACCAGUGGAAGUAAACAAGGAGUUCCGAUGCGACAACCCGGAUUGCGGUUUAGUUAGUUGCCGCCUUUGCCGGCAGGAGACACAUAUCCCCAAGACGUGCGAGGAGGUUACGAGGGAGCGCGGACAAUCUGCCCGGCGUACGAUCGAGGAGGCCAUGUCAGCUGCGUUGAUCCGAACUUGCAACAAAUGUGGCACACCCUUCAUCAAAGAGAACGGCUGCAACAAAAUGAUGUGCUCACGCCCGGGCUGCGGAAACAUGCAGUGCUAUGUCUGCUCUCAGUCAUGCCGAGACUAUUCCCACUUCAACGACCCGACUCGGGGUGGGAAGUCAGGAAACUGUCCCCUGUUCGAUAAUGUCGAGCAACGCCAUCAGACAGAGGUUCAGGCAGCCGAGGAGCGGGCUCGCCGACAGGUGGUUGAGGAGAAUCCAGAGGUUGAGGCAGAGUUACUGGAAAUCAGGUUCUCGGAAAGCGUGAAGAAGGACGACGAGAAGCGCAAGGUAGCCACCGCGGGACCUCGACGGCCCAUUCUUGGCCCACCGCCCAUUCCAUAUCCGCACGUAGAUCGCGUUCAAGGCCCGGCCCAGCAACAGCGUUGGGCCCAGCAGCAGCGUCCGGCCCAGCAACAACGUCAAGCUCAGCCACAAGGUCCGGCUCAGCAACGACGUCCGGCUCCGCAACAAAGGCCCGCUCAGCAGCAUGGUUCGGCUCAACAACAAGGUCUCGGCCCGCACGCCGCUCUCCCUGUCAUUCCCCGGCAGAACGCUUCUGUAAUGAACGACAAUCUCUUUGAUCCGGCUGGAAGCCAGUGGGGUACUUUGGCUGUUCCUCUCGCUUAUGUUCCUGGCUUGCAAUCUCAACAACAGCCAAUGCGUGGGGGUAAUCCCUAUAACUUCCUCCCGGGCCCCUGGGACGCCAAUCUCUAUCCCUUCCUCCCGGCCCAGGCACCUAGGGCCCCUAGGGCCCCUACCCCUUAG